AUUUUCUGAGCAUUUAUCAUUGGCUACUUUGGAAGGGAGUGUCGCUUCAAGGAUAAUAACUUGAUAUUUGGACUUUCUUCUGUUUCCUUUUUCUGUUUGAUUCUCAUCUCUCAUAGCUUACAAACUAAAUUAAUCCCUGUGUAAGAUCUGCAACAACUAGUCAGGCUUCCUUAUGUAAGUAUUUUAAUUCUUAUUUAUAGAAAUAGCUACAGAAUACACUGUUCAGUGUAGUAUAUAUUAGUUUAGUGGCUGACCAAAAUGAUAUUUAUUUCAACAAGUAGCAAGCUUGAUUAGUUUUAAUGCCUUUUCUAUGAUGAGUGUGCUGAAGCUGUGAAGACUUACUGAGAAGACUUCCAUCAAGAAAUAACAACUGACUACAAACAGUCAUUGUAAGGAGGAUGAUAAUGAUCACAUGGUUAUUACUGGUCUCUUUGUUCUGCAAGAGCACACAAGAUCCAAAUGGACAAGAAACCUGUGUUUUGCAUUGUGGACCUCAGAAUCUGACACUUAGCACCUCUAACCAGAUGAUCCUGCUAACGUGGGAAGAUGACCCUUCAUGCUUUGCAGUACAUGAUGUGCUGAUCUAUGAGUUGCUGGUUCUCAGAGCAGAUAAGCAAGUGCAUUAUGAUGAAGUUGCUGUGAUGCCUGACCAGAUAGGCUCGACUCACUUCUGGAACUGGUCUUCCCAUUUGUCCUUGGAGUGCACUUCUCAUUCAGUCAGGCUAAGAACCAGACACAAAAACUAUACAAGUCCCUGGAAACAGGAACAUAUUGCUCCCAGAAAAGAUAACUCAGAGAAGCCAAUGGUUUAUCCACAGGACAGAGUGUUUAAGGUUGGCAGUAGAGUCACCUUCUGCUGCGUUCUGCCAGCAGGGGAUGUUUUGGACAAAAUGUAUCUGACUGGUUCUAAUAACGUUAAUAUGAACACUACCAAGAUCAGCAAUCAGACAUAUGCCUUGACUGUCUACCUGAAUCAGCCAUCAAAAGCCAGUUGCACUGAUGUAAGAUGUGAAUCAAAGACAUCUGACAGUGGGGCUUGUGUUUAUAUUGGCUACCCACCUGGGGAUAAGGAUCUUCAGUGUGAAACCCGGGAUCUGGAAUCAGUUGAAUGUCACUGGACAGUAUGGCGAAGCACACACUUGCCCAAACUGGCAACUGCUUAUCAGCUUCUUGGAAGUCCAUGUGUAGAUGGGUUUAACGGGAGAUGCUUGCAUAAAGUGCAAGUAGAUGCUGGUGAGAGAAACUGGACAUUAACUGCAGAAAAUCGGCUUGGGAAGCUGGAGCUCUCCGACAGGGCAGACAUGACUAAAAGAGUGCACAUGUUUGCUCCAGAGAGAGUGGCAGCUUCAACUGUGAAUGCCAGAAAUGUCAGCCUGGAAUGGGGGUGGCCGGUGCAACAGUACCGUAAUCUCAAAAUAACAUGCCAAAUAAAUGUUAGCUAUGAUGGAACAAAUAUCAUAAAUGAAUACUUUGGAGUUGGCAUUAAUUUAGCAGUUUUGAAUGACUUGAUACCCAAUUGGACGUAUAAUGUCACAGUACGAUGUGCAACCCAACAUUUCUGGAAAUGGAGUGACUGGAGCUCAACAGUCAAAUUCCACACAAAGGGUGAUGUUCCAGAUGCUCUUGAUGUGUGGAUGAAGAUGAAGGGUAACCAAACCACAAUCAUCUGGAAAGUAAAGUCUUUAUUUUCAGCCACCACCAGUGUGAACUCGUCUUGGAUCAUUGGGAACAACGGUAGUUUUAGCCUGUCCUGGUCUGCCAGUCCUAAAGCCAGCUGUGGCUACAUAGUGGACUGGUGUCCUACCUCAGGGCACUGUGUUGUGGACUGGCUAAGAGUGCCUUCCUAUGAAACUAAUGCCGUUAUUUUUUCAAAAAACUUUAAAGACGGAGUAAGAUACUCAUUGUCCAUAUUUGCCUGCACCCAGGGAGCUCCAGUGCUGCUGGAAAGAAGAGAAGGCUAUGUCAAAGAGGAAAGAAUACAAGAUGGCCUCUUCAAAACAUUGAAAUGGCAACAGCAGGAUUCAGAUGUUGAGAUAUCCUGGGCUCCAAUAUUUCUAAAUGAACAGACUGCUUUCAUCCACGGUUAUAUUCUGUACUGGUCGGAAAACAACAACAACAACAAAAUCCUCAAUGUGAGCACAGGCAAUCUUACGGCCACGAGCCUGACAGCAAGAAACCUGAUAAUCAGUUCCUAUACAUUCAGAGUGAACGCACAGACGGCAGUGGGAGAAUGUGGCACUGCAAGCAUAAGUGUCACCUUGAAUUCCCUCACUGAUAACCUGAUUAAGGCAGUCUUCAUUUCCGUGGUCACAGUUUUUAUUGUCCUUGCCCUCCUCACUGUUGUUUGCUACAGACACUGGACAUGCAUCAAACAGAAGGUCUAUCCUACAAUCCCAAAACCGGAGUUGACUGACAAGUGGUUGACAUCACCGGGUAAACACAGUUGUCAUCAUCUUUGCAUGGAUCAGCAGCACACUGAAGCAGAUAUCAUGGAUGUUCCAGAGCUGUAUUUUAAAUCAGGAGCACCAGUGAAUAGCCAGGCAAACAAGCCUUUUGUUUUUGCACAAACUCCAAAGGGUUACUACAACCAGCCGCACAGAAAAUGCAGUCCUCCACCCUUCAUUUUACCCACUAAAGUCACCCCAGCGGAGUUAGGUUUACCACUUUCUCCAUUAAAAGGUGUAUUUCCUAACCUGUCAUACAACCUGAUAAUGCAAACUGGGGAUCAGCAGUCCAAAUUUGGGCCUGAGAUUCAUGAAGGGACAUGUUUGGAGAGAAGCUCCAGUGCAUACCAGCCUCAGAGUCACACAGAAGCCUUCACGUUAAACCAAAGAGAAGAGGCUCCAGAGAGUCCUAUGUCCUGUGUCUCCACUUACAUUUUGUUACCACAGUCACCUUCCAAGCAGUAGCAUGCACAUAGACUGUAUGUAUAUGAAAUAAUGCAGAAAAAGUAUUAUGUUGUCAUUUGAUGAAAGGGAGGUAUUCCAGGCAUGUCCCUGUGGGAGAAGGCCUCGGGGCAGACCCAGGACACGUUGGGGAGACUAUGUCUCCUGGCUG